GCGGGUGACUGUGGACGUCGUGAUGCUGCGCUUCUUGUGGGUGCAGGAGCUCCUCGGACACUUUGUGGCUCCGGAUACAGUCGUUCUUGCCACCUUGGCCACGGAGAGGGACACCCGCUUUUCCAUCUCCGUCACCUUCCCCAGGGCCCCGCCACUGCCCGGGUCGCCGACGAGAGCCAGGUGAUACUUGACGGCCACCUGUGUCUUGAACACUGUUUCCACGAUGGAGUUUCCUGACUUGGGGAGACAUUGUUCAGAAAAGACUUGCAAGCAACUAGAUUUUCUUCCACUAAGAUGCGACGCGUGUAACCAAGACUUCUGUAAAGAUCAUGCUGCCUGUGCUGCCCACAAGUGCCCCUUUGCGUUUAAGAAGGAUGUCCAUGUCCCCGUGUGUCCACUGUGUAAUGUCCCCAUCCCUGUAAAGAAGGGAGAGAUUCCAGAUGUGAUAGUCGGCCAGCACAUGGACAGGGACUGCGUGCGUCACCCUGGGAAGCAGAGGGAGAAGGUGUUCUUGUACCGGUGCUCGAAGGAGGGGUGCCGGAAGAAGGAGGCGCUGCAGCUGGCUUGUGUGCAGUGUCGCCGUAACUUCUGCAUCGGGCACCGACACCCUCUGGACCACGGCUGCCGACCUGAGGGUGGCUCCCCCGGCAAAGCGGGGUGUUCAACCGCCACAGCCUCUGAGCCCACGUCGUCAGGAACGUUACACGCCCCGUCCUCCGGUUGGCUGGUCCAGCGACUCAGGUGGAAAGUGAAGUGGUGAGGUGACUGUCCCUUGUGCUGGCCUUGGUUUGCGUCUUACACGACUCCUUCCACACUCCUCACAGCACAGUCUGAACCUGAUCCAUUUCCAGUAGAACACAUGGACACUUGGCAGAGUAGAGAUCAGAAGGUGCUGAGUGACCCUCCAGGUGACUUACAUUGUCAUAACAACAAAAGCUCAGUGACAGGAGCAGAGGACUGGGGUGCCCAGGUGGGGACAGCUCUAUCCCAGGCCAGGCCAGCCCAAAGCCCAAUCUCCUGGGAGAUUCUGCUGCUUAAUCUUAGGCUACUGGCUGGAGCUCCAGGGUCUCCACCCAGCUUCCCAAGGAGGUGGCCUUCUGUGCCAGGGAAUGAGGGGACCUCGCCUGCCUGAUGAAGGGUCCUUGUCCGGGGCAUCCGCUCACAGUCCCAAGAGAACAUGCAUCUGUCCCAUGCCAUGUGUGACUAAUGCCUGGGGCUGCUUUGAGGGUUGAGACACUUGGCCUGCCGCGUGCCG